GAUUCAAAAUCCUGUCCCUCUUUUCUUCUGCAUACCAAUUUUGAAAACAACCUGAAAACGUAGCGUCCAAGCGAGACAAGGACUCAUACGACGAAUCAACUCGACUCCUCAAUUUCCUGCUUCGUUCUUUCUCUCUCUCUCUGAGCCUCGGCUGCAACCGCUAUUCUUCAUCCAUCUCAUGAAUUUCUUCAUAUUUUGAGCUCCAGCCAGAGUAUCAUUGUAGUAUCAGUGACUUCGAUAUGAGCACGGUCAAGCCUUAUGUUUCAUUCCAGAAGUAGGGAAUCGCAAAUGUAUUCGUCGAAACAGCACCAGAGCACGCUCGGUAUGGUGAUGAAGGAGGAAGAGGAGCUCGCGUUGUUCCUCGAGAUGCGCAAGCAUGAGAAGGAGACGAAUGGCCUUCAAAAGUCUGCACAAAUUGAUGCUCCAUCUGAAAAUAAACCUGGUAGCUUUCCCAUAUCUAAGAUAGUUUCAUCAGCCCCAGUGCGUAAGACCCGUGUUGAUGAUUUUCUGAAUUCAGAGAAUGGCAAGAGUGACUAUGAUUGGACCUGUCAUCGGGGAAGACGAUUGGCUGUGCUAAGGCAUGUGAGGGACUCUACUACUUUGAAGAGGCAAACACGAGUGAACAAUGCUACAUGUGCCGGGGGAGUGUUGAAGCUUGAUGUACAUUGUUGGCCCACAACCUAUCAGCUUAAGCUAAAAUGGCUUCUUACACCACCUGGGACUCCAUUUAUUACUUCUUUGGAGAGACAGCAGCAGAAAACUACAAUGAGCCAAAAUGGGAUUACAAAUGCUGAGUCCACUGAUCUGAGAUUUUGGCUAGCAAAUCCCCUUGGAGAAGGUGCUUUUAGGGGUAAUAUUGUAGAUAGGCAACAAACUCUGUCAACUAGUAUAAACUCUUAUGGUCGAAGUAGAAGACCUAUACCAUCAGGGGGGCCAGGAUCAACUGCUAGUAGACCUGCAACCCCCACCAGCCGGCCCACUUUAUCUGCGACUGCCAAGACCUCAAGACCUUCUACACCAACUUCACGGGCCACCUUUCCUUCCGCCAAGUCCACUGCUCCUGUGAGAUCCUCAACUCCUACAAGAUCUGCGGCAUGCCCUUCUACACCUACUGUUAGGAGCUCCAUCCCUGCUUCUAGGUCAGCAUCAAGAUCAGCAACACCAACCCGUCGGCCAUCAACCCCAUCAAUAGUACCUAGUGUAUAUGGUCCCCCUGGUCAGUCAUCUUCAGUUACAAAAUCGGGUGCUACAAUGUCAAAAAGUUCAGUUAUAUCACGUGGUAGUUCUCCAACUGUGAAGUCCAGACCCUGGAAUCCUUCUGAGAUGCCUGGUUUCUCUCUUGAAACUCCUCCCAAUUUAAGGACAUCAAUGCCAGAAAGGCCAGCUUCCGCCUCCAGGGGCAGGCCAGCAGCACCUAGUGCUCGUUCCUCAUCAGUUGAUGCUAAUGGCAGACUGAGACGGCAGUCAUGCUCCCCAUCAAGAGGACGGGCUCCACAUGGUAAUUCCUACAGUAGUGGACGCUCUGUACCUGCUAUAAGCCGAGGUCAUUCCAAAAGCAGUGAUAGUGUGAGUCCUGUGCUAAUUGGAACCCAGAUGGUGGAGAGAGUGGUAAGCAUGAGGAAACUAGCUCCACCAAAACAAGAUGAUAAUCGCUCUUCCUAUAACAAUUCCUCAGGGAAGCCUUCAUCCCCAGACAGCUCAGGUUUUGGAAGAUCACUCUCAAAGAAGUCUCUAGAUAUGGCUUUGAGGCAUAUGGAUAUAAGGCGAAGCAUUCCGGGAAAUUUACGCCCGCUAAUGAUGAAAGUUCCCGCGUCUUCCUUGUACAGUGUGAGAUCAAGGCCCACGAGCAGCAGGACUGAUAGCGUUUCAGACUCCCCUCUUGCCACUAGCAGCAAUGCCAGUUCUGAACUCAGUGUUAACAAUAACCCCCAUUAUUCGGAAGGGAGUGAAGUGGAAGACAGCGAUCUUGGCAGUGAGAGAGGCCAGCUCUCUCCUGUCCUGCGUGGUAGGUGAUCUGUGGGUUCCAUCAACAACGGUAUGAACUGUUUAUGCAGUGUCUUAAUACUUCUACCAAGUUUUUAUUUUUGACUUGAAAGCUUCACCAGCAAAGAUAUAAGAUAGUAGCCAUUGUAGAAGGGCUUUGCUGACUGUUGAUGGUAGAAGGCAUUCUAUAUUCUUUAUGUUACCUGCAUGUGAAUAUGCUAUGUUGGCUCUGUUGCAUUAAUGGUGGAACCAUAAGCAAUGCAUUCUGUGAAUCAUAUUAUUAUUGUUUUUGAAUCAUUUACACUUAAUUAAAUGAUGCAAAACCACUUUAUUCUUAGAA